GAUGCGCCGGCUUAUGAAAACCUUCGACGCGAGGCCGUCUCCCUCAGGCUCGAAAAUGACGAACUCACAGAGAAGGUCGCAGAGCUUGAGGAGGCACGCGCGGAGUAUGUCGCACAGGAGGAGCAGUUCACCGCAAAGCUAAAUGCGAAUGGCGGAUUCUUCGCUCACGAAGAUGAAGUGGUGAACAUGACGGGCAAAAUUCGAGAGGUCGACUACAAGAUUGCUGGCCUCAGACAUAAGCACUACCACAACAUCAAGGAUGUGGGCUCCCUCAAGCGCACCAUGUCCCUCAUUGAGAAGCGGGGUGAGGUCACGACAGUCAUUGACAAGGUCAAUGAUGCCCUGGAAAGAGGGGAGGUCCUGGACGAGGAGGGGCCUGAGGCCCAAAGCCUCGCCGACCUCGUCAACAGGCUGCGGAGAGAGUCCGAGAAGGUCUGGCCCAAGAUCAGCAGCUACGAGCAGGAUAUAGCAAACUUCAGCAAGAACUU